ACCCAACUUUUUUUUCUUUUUUCGGUUGUUUCUCUCGCAGUUUCCCAUCAUUCGUCUUUGCCGGAAAACCUGGAAGCUGUUAUAUUGCGUGUGGCAUCACUAGUCAACAAUUAUAUACUACUACGUUUCAAUGACAUUAAAAAAGCUGUUUUCUCAUAAAGAACACCAUCAAUCAUCAAACAGUGAUAAUUGUAACAAUGGGUUGAAAGCCUACAGUCGAACGCACGACUCAACUAAAUCUUCGUCAGUAUCGUUGCCUAGGUCUAUCAGUCGAUUAAAUCACAGAGAUAAAGAUAGAUCAUAUCCUAGCAAAUCCAAAAGUUUGAAAUACUCGAACGAAAAGUCCUACCUGCCAAGCUCAACAAUAAUAGAACAGCAACGGGAAACACAACCAAAUCCUAACAUAGCAGUAGAAGACAGGCCGGUGGUACCACCACACUCUAUUACAGACAGCACAAAAAUGGAGAUGUCAGAUAGUAACAAAGGCCAAUUUGGAUCUGGAGAUAUAAAUAAUAUUGUUAACUCAUUAAGAUAUUCUAUGACAGCAGAUAUGGAGAAAGAUGAUAAAGACGGUUCUGACUCUUUUCAUAGCUUGGACAAUAUGGAUGAAAAAGCAGAGAUAAAAGGUGAAGGAAAGGCUGAUUUAUACGCAGAAUUAGUUGCUGUUCAGAACCGUUUAGAGAAUGUGGAUGCUACUCAGUCUUUACAAAUGAAAGAGAAGCUACAAACAAUCAACUCUACAUUAAUGCUAGCACUCGAAAAAGGAAAUCAACUAGAGAGUAGGACCAAAACGGUCAUAGAGAAUUCCAAGAAAUUGAUAAGUGCUUUGUCCGAUCACAAUAAAUCGUUAGUGGCAAGUCAAGAAAAUAUGAGUUUGGAGUUGGAACGCAUCAAAAAGGAGAAUGAAGCAGCAAUAGCUGAAUUGCAAGGCAAGCACGAAACAACUCUAACAGAGCUGCUUGAGAAAAAUGAAACUGAGAAGCGCAAUAUUCAUCAAAACUUACAAAGUCAGCUUGAAUCAGAAGGCUCUGCCUAUCAAGACCUAAAAACGGAACAAGAACGGCUUUUAGCAGAAAUCUUAGCGUUAAAAACAUCAGAGGAAUCCUUAAAAACAGAACUACAACAAGUAAAGGAAGCUCACAAAGACGCCUUACGCAAUGUACAAAUAGAGCAUGAGGCAUCUCUAUCAGAGCUGCAUAAUCAACAUAAUCAACUUUCUGCAACGCACGAACAAUUAAAGGAUCAGUAUAAUCAGCAUCUCUCCGCUCUUGAGGAUUUAAAAGAAAAGUAUACACAACAAUCAACGAGCCUGGCAGAACUCUCAAAUCAAUAUAGGGAUCAAAUAGCAACUUACCAAACCUUACAGACUGAACACGAUAAACACAUUCAUGAUUUUGACCAAUUGAAGGCACAAUAUGAUGUCAUGAUGAAAGAAAAUAACAAUUUGUCCCUUCAAUUAGAACGGCAAACCGAUAUCCACAGAAAUUUGGCGCGGAUUUUACAACAGAAUUUAGGCAACGACAAAGAAAACAUCAAUUCAGAAGUAGAUCUACAAAAUAAGCUUGAAGAAAUCAUAAGAAAGUUGAACUCUGCACAAGCAACAAACACUCAACUAGAGAUUAAAUUGCAAAGCGUACAGAACAGCCAUGCUGAAGAAUUACAAAUAUUACAGACAAAGCAUGAAAAUGAAAGGAAGCAGCAAAUAGAAGAAUUUGAAAACGAAAAGCAGACAAUAGCGGAGGAUUUGAAAAUUAGAGAGGAAAAGGUGCUGAACAACAUAAGACAGGAAAAUAAGAACUUAUCAGAACUUGUAGAAUGCCUUCAAGCUAAAAUCAAAGAGCUGUCCGUAUCUAAUCGUAAUUCUGUCAUCUCAAUGACAAGAAAUAAUAGUACACGGAAGUUGAAUAGGAAAGAGCAAGAUCGACAAGAAGAAUUGAUGGAAAUGCAUACGAGGGCACAAUUCAGUCUGAUUGAGUAUUUGGAGGGAGAAGAUGAUGUGAUAUCUGCAAUGUCAAAAUUUAAAAAACAGUUGGAAGCUGAAAUGAAAGAACUUGAGUCUACAGAUACAAGACCAAAUAGCAAUAUAGGGUUUAUUUCCUCAGCAUCUGCAUCUCAAACUAUGCGAUAAAUACUAAGUGAACCACUUUUGCUAUAAUAAAGAUGGGACUUCAUUCCGAUCAGCUACUUUAAACUUGUAAAAGAACAUUUCGCUGUAACUGCUUGUGCAUAGAAAUAAAACCUCGUGCUCACUGGCGGAUUGGACAGUCCCUCUAGCUGCGAUUAUGAUUAUAAUCAAUCCUAUCCUCUCUAUGAAGGUUAAAUUAGUUCACUCCACGCGCCAAUAUCUAGAAUUUCACUUAGGUCUGCACAAUGAUCGGCUUGCAGAUACUCAGUCUGAAAUUUAAGAGUGUAGCAUCUCUUUCAAAAUGUAGUGAAUGGUUGUUAGCACCUUUAUCACUUUCGAGACGAAACUUUUUAAUUGACUGUACUAUUCAAAUAAAACACCAUGUUUAUCAGCUCUCUUUUCAUUAAAAGAAGCCUCACUACCCCCAAAAAAAAAAA